GUUAGGCUGAACAGUAAAUACCUCGGCAUUCGUCGUAAAGCACUUGUAGUCUAUUGUAGAGUUGAUUGGCUUUCUUAGGCAGUGUCUACCAAAGCGAGAAGCUUUCUUCUUUCAAAUUAAACGCGGACCGAAUCAGAGAGCGUCAAAGCGACAAGAGACUCCGAAUUGUUAACGUUAGUAAUGUUUUAUUAUAUAAAAAAUAUCAAGAAUUCAAUCUUUCUUUCAUUGGAUAAUAAAAAGCAUUAAUUGAAUUUCGUUUCAGUUUUUUAACUUUAAGUGUGCGUAAACACUUCAUAAAUUCUUUUCCAUUUGAUAAGCCGUGCUACAUGUAUUUCUACAAGCUAUAAAUUUUGAAUACCUGCAAUUGUUCGUGAAGGUAAAGUUAAUUUGUGUGCUUCCUUUGGAUCGGAACAUCACGAAUUCCUGAGGGUACGCACGGACGUUAUAAUUAUUAGUGAAAUAUCAGAAAUGGAAGACUUUCGAUUCUUUCAUAUGAUGGUGCUAAGUGCAAUCCUUCUCCAGUUCCUUAUGUUUGAGAGUACAAUUGCUUUUAAGGACCUAAUGGCAGACCCAGAUCCAUUUUCUAACGUAGAGACAAAUGAAGAGGAGCCACGGAGUGGACGUCGGCGGCCGGUGGAUAGCAAGGAUAGCUGGCUACAAUUUAUCCGGAGAGGAUCACGACCCGCGAAGCAGACCGCCAAAAAACGAAAAAACAAGCGCCUACAAAGAUUGGGAUGUCCCACAGGACCUGCAGGCCCACAGGGCCCACCCGGACCCCCUGGGCCAAAAGGAGCAAAGGUCACAAUACAGGAACUGAUGACGGAAUUCCUGGAUAUCGUUAAAGAGGCUGCAGAAAGACAAGCAGAGAUCAUUAUUUCAGAGAAGUGUGGGAUGUGCUCUUCGGCCAUGAACAAUAGCAGCGCGGAAGUAACCAUGCUUAUAAAUGACGUCAUGGCUGUGCCUAGAAUUACAUCUGGAUUUCAUCUUCGUCUAAAAAAGAAUGUCAUCCUAGAUAGCAAAACAUUCAUGGAACUUGAUUCUUUUCAUCAACCUUUUGCCGCCGGAUCUUUUCAGAGGGGAAAUGCUUUUAACAUCAGAAAUGGCCGUUUUACGGCCCCCAAAGCAGGGAUAUACCAGUUUUCCGUAAAUUUACAUAUGCGCGUGAAGAGGAAUGGCCGGAGAUCCAAACUUAAGAGGAAAGACGCCAUAAAGACUCAGAUUUGCAUCAAUUCAUUAUGUAAUAAAUAUGUAUCCCUAAGUCAUGUGAUUGGAAUGGAAAGUAAUAGUAAAAUUUUCACGGUCAGCUUUUCAGGAUUUGUGCAAUUAGAGCAAUCACAGUAUGUUUCUGUGUACGUUGAUAAUGCGUCAAAAAUGAGUGUUGUUGUGUUGAAAAAUUCGGAUUUUACUGGGAUAAUGAUGGGAACAUGAGUACGCCCUACGCAAGUUAUAAAACGUGUCAAUCUUCAAAAGUAUGUGUGCGUGCGUCAAUGUGACAGUUAUCCCGUCAUAUCGUGGGCAUCCCCAGCCCUCAAUAGCGUCAUGUUACACCUACUCGACAAGAAAAAAAAACUCCUUUAAAAUUCUGAGAUUUACUUGUUGUUUUUUUUCAUACCAUUUAAUUUAUUGUAUGUAUUGUUUGAAUUUUAAUGUAUGUGUACUUGCUCACAAUGAUAUUUUUUAUUGUAAUUAUAAUUUGUU